UUGUGGUAGAUUCUAUAUGUGUGGAUCAAACUAUACGAGAAUGGUUCUCGUAUGAAAAUUUGAUCCACUCUCGUCUCUUUAUGAGUGUGGAUCCGAUUCUCGUAUACUCUAUCUCUUUCUGUUUCAUCCAUUAUUUCAUCCUUAAAUUUCUAUUGAUGAGAUAAUAAUCCCCAGUUCAUAAACCCAACUCCUCCUCCUCCUUAUCCUUGAAAUCCAGUUCCAUUCAUUUGGCUGCAGCUGUAAUUAACCAUUUUGAUUAAUGGGUUGUGUGUUAUUGCUGCUUUUGUUCGUUUUCACGAAUGCCAUUCUUCUUCCAUGGUGCAACUGCAUGAGCUCAUUGGCUCAAUAUUCAAAUGAAACUGAUCGUCUAGCCUUGUUGGCCUUCAAGGCUCGCAUAACCUAUGAUCCCUCUCAAGUUCUGGGCUCCUGGAAUGACUCCAUCCCCUAUUGCGAGUGGCAAGGCAUCAUAUGUAGCAGUCGCCGGCAUCCAGGUAGGGUCAGAGGGUUGGUUUUACCAUCCAAUAGGUUGGUGGGUUCCUUGCCACCAGAAAUAGGAAACCUCAGUUUCCUUCGACAGAUUUCACUCCAAAACAAUAGCUUCCAUGGUGUAAUCCCUCAUGAAGUAAGCUUUCUAUCCAGGCUUCGUUAUUUAUUUCUAUUCACUAAUUUCUUUGAAGGGGAAAUCCCACCCAACAUAUCUCAUUGUUCCAACCUUUUAGAAAUUUCUUUAGGUAGCAACAAUCUUGUGGGGGAAAUUCUAGUAGAGCUUGGCUCUCUAUCAAAGCUUCGAUUCAUUUCAUUCCAUUCAAACAAUUUGACGGGACAGAUUCCACCUUCUAUUGGUAACCUUUCAUCCCUUGAAACCAUUUCGGGCGAAUCUAAUGGUUUUAGUGGAACUAUUCCAGAUUCCCUAGGCCAAAUGAAAAGAUUAUCUUUUUUCUCUCUUGGUGAAAAUAAGUUGUUUGGUACUAUCCCUCCAGCUAUAUAUAAUAUUUCCUCACUCAGUCUUUUUCAUGUCCAAGGAAACCAAUUUCAAGGUAGUCUUCCACCACAUUUAGGCUUCAGUCUUCCCAAUCUAAGGUGGUUUUCAAUUGGAGGAAACCAAUUUCAUGGAUCAAUUCCAGUUUCAGUAUCUAAUAUGUCAAAACUAGGACUGUUUUGGACUGGAAUAAACAAUCUAAGUGGGAAAGUUGAUAUUGAUUUUGGAGGCCUAUCAAAUCUCACAAUACUCUCAUUGAAUGACAAUCAUUUAGGAAGUGGAGAGGCUGGUGACUUGAAUUUUGUCAACACAUUGACCAAUUGUAGUAGUUUAAAAGAGUUGUGGCUUGGUUAUAAUAGGUUUGGUGGUGUUCUUCCCAACUCAAUAGCAAACUUGUCUACCCAACUCAAAAAGCUUCAACUGUCAAAAAAUCAAAUAUAUGGAAGCAUCCCUGCAGGGAUGGAGAACCUCAUAAGUUUACAGCAUUUCAGCCUCCAGGGUAACUUACUAGAAGGAAGUAUUCCUUCAUUAAUUGGGAGACUUCAAAUGCUUCGUCGGCUUUAUUUUUCUGGGAAUCAAUUUACAGGGUCAAUCCCUUCUUCUUUUGGAAAUUUGACAGUAUUGAUUGAUCUCUAUCUAGAUGAUAAUCGCUUGCAUGGAAAAAUACCUUCCAGUCUUGGAGGAUGCAAAAAUUUGUUACGCUUGGGACUUUCUGGAAAUAGUUUCAAUGGUAUCAUCCCCAAAGAAAUAUUUGAUAUUUCCAUGUUAAUAGAGCUAAACUUGAGUAGAAAUUAUUUCUCUGGGUUUCUACCUUCGGAAGUUGGUCAACUGAUCAAUCUUGGAAUCUUUGCAGUUUCUGAGAACAUGUUGUCUGGUGAAAUCCCUCACACCCUUGGUGCUUGUACAAGCCUAGAGCACCUUUUUUUGGAGGAUAACUUAUUUCAAGGAUCUAUACCAUCAUCUCUGAGUUCUUUAAGAGGUCUUGAAGAUUUAGAUCUUUCACACAAUAACUUUUCUGGUUUUGUCCCAAAAUAUUUGGGAACAUUUAUGUUUUUACAAAAUUUAAAUUUAUCAUUUAAUAAUUUGGAGGGUGAGGUACCAACAGAUGGAGUCUUUAGAAAUUUGAGUGCAAUUUCAGUUAUUGGAAACAAUAAGCUUUGUGGAGGUAUACCAGAACUUCAUUUGCUAGCUUGUGAUCAGAUCAAAAAGUCAAAAGAUUACAAGCUGAUAGUCACCAUAUGUGGUUGUGUGGCCUCUCUGUGUUUGAUUUUUAUGAUAUUUUUUUUCUUUAUCUGCCGAAGAACGAAAAAAAUGAAAGAAUCCACAACUUUUUGGAUGGAAGAUAAUCAUUUCAUGAUUUCAUAUGCCGAACUCCUUCAAGCUACUGAUGGAUUUUCCUCAACAAAUUUGAUUGGAGUGGGAAGUUUUGGUUCUGUGUACAAAGGUGUUCUCAAUCAAGGGAAAACAAUUGUUGCAGUAAAGGUCCUCAACAUUGAACAAAGAGGUGCUUCCAAGAGUUUCAUGGCUGAAUGUGAAGCACUUGGCAAAAUUAGGCAUCGUAAUCUUGUCAAAAUCUUAACAUCUUGCUCGGGCUUAGAUUUUAAAGGAAAUGAUUUUAUGGCAUUAGUAUAUGAGUUCAUGCCUGGUGGCAAUUUGGACAUGUGGUUACAUUCACAUACAAAUGGUGUACAAGAGGAACAAAAGCAUUUAGACCUUGUUCAAAGAUUGAAUAUCGCCAUUGAUAUUGCAACAACAUUGGAUUAUCUUCACAAUCAUUGUCAUAUGCAAAUUAUCCAUUGUGAUCUAAAGCCAAGCAAUAUUCUUCUUGAUGAUGAUUUGACUGCACAUUUGAGUGACUUCGGAAUAUCAAGGAUUCUUUCAAAAGCAACAGGCCGAUCUCAAAAUCAAACUAGCACAAUCAGAUUAAAGGGUUCUAUUGGAUACAUUCCACCAGAGUAUGGUGCAGGCGCUGAUGUUUCACCGCAUGGUGAUAUAUACAGUUAUGGAAUUCUCUUGUUAGAGAUGUUCACAAGGAAGCGACCUACUGAUGAAAUGUUUAAGGAUAACUUAUAUCUUCACAGUUGGGCUGAGAUGGCUUUGCAAGAUGGAGUGAUGGCUGUUGUUGACCCAUCCCUUCUCCCCAUGGAAGAAGAUGAAAAAGAAUCAAAAACAACUAUAGCCAACAUCAAAGGAAGUCAAAGAUGCAUGAAUGAUAGCGUGCGAGAAUGCUUUAAUUUAAUUAUUAGAAUUGGAGUUACUUGCUCAGCCGAAUCACCAUGGGAUCGAAUGAACAUAAAUGAUGUGGUCAAAGAGCUACAUUUCAUUAGGGAAAUUUAUUUUGGAGCUGGCACUCAAAUGAGAACUGAGAACCAUGGUAAUGGCUAUGAAACUGGGGGUUGUGGAAGUGAGGAGCAGGCCAUAUUGCCUUUAUAGUUCAAUGCUUUUUCCUGAUGAGGCUUUUGUAACUCUGCUAGCCUAAAGUUAUUUUUCACUAAAUAUCCUCACUGGGCUUCAACAAUGGUGAACAGCAAAGCAGGAUUCAGGGAGAACUACAUUUUGAUGGGAUGGGGUAGUCCUUGUUAGUUUUUAUUUUGUUCGUAAUACAUUCCCUGCAUGGCUUCUGAGCAAGACAUAGGUCAGAAAUCUAUAGAGUUUCAAAUUGUUAUCAACAUAAAGAUACAUGUUUCAUCAAUUUAUAGUCUAAGUGGAGAAGUUGAUUCUUCUUCUUUCUUUCUUUCUUCUUCAAAACAGACAGCAAAUCCUUUGGAGAAGUCAAUUUAGCAAAA